GGCAGGUACUGCUACCACCCCGGCCCAAAAGUUCCGCAUGUUCCUCCCGCUCUCCUGUUCAUGUUGGAUUUCUUUUUCUUUUUUUUUGUCUUUCCAACGGAUAAGCUAUGCUGCAGCUCUAGUUCGAGCAAAGGUUUGUUGGUUAGAAUGGAUUGGGUCAUACGGAUACAGCGAGGUAGCAUCGAAGGUGGUCGGACUGGCAGUUCCUAGAGUCAGGGUCGUGAUCGACAUCGUGGUGGUGAGCGUUUGUUGUGCGGCUAUUUACCUUUGGUGCGCAGCAUUUCAGAGUCUACUGUGUACGGAGGAGGAACACGGGUACAGAGAAUGAUCAUUCCAUCUAGACUAGAUAAUCCAUGCUUCCAAAGACACAGCAAAGUCACAUCAACCCUGUUCUGUUUGCUUG